AAAAAGAAAAUCUCACCCCUCUCUCCCUCACCCCCCAUCUCGGCCAGCACCCAAGAAAGAAGCAAGAGUAAUUUUCCAUCCUCCAUUCUCCAUCUUUGAAGAGAGCUCAAGCUUAAGGAGUCCAAAAGGAGGUCUUUGAGAAGGAAAAAGUGAGGAGAAAGUGAGAAGGGUUAAGGGACUUGACUUAAGCAUUUUUGAACCUCGCCGGAGUUUCGCCGGAGUUGGUCAAAGUACGCCGGAGUUGGUCAAAGCUUGCCGGAAUUAGUCAAAGUUCAAAUCGGGGAACGUAAAACGCGCUUAAGCUCACUUAAGUUUCAGGUAGGGGAUAAAGCUCGCUAUCUUUGCCGUUGCUUGGGAAGCUUGAAGGAGAGAAGACGUGGUUCGUGCUUCCUCCGUUCCUAUUUUAAAAUAUUUAAAUUAAUGCUCAUGGAUACUAUUUUCCGAAUAAUUAUUUAGGGCUUGUAUGCCCGUGUUUGCCACGUGUGGCUCGAAUGCUUGUAUUGAUAUUUCCGCUGCUUAAUGAAAUGAUUUACAUUAUGAUUGUUUAUGGAUGUACUAUUGUGAAUGGUAUUCAAGACGCCUUGUAUAGUAUGGAUGAGUUGGACCGCGGUUGACUAUUCGUACUGUACGGCGGGUUGUUGACGUGUCCGGGUAGGUCCGGGGCGUGACAAUUUCUUUAUUUCCUGAAAAUUUCCCGCCAGAUAUUCUUCAUCCUAGAUUAAUGGAGGCCGAGCAGCUUAUUUUGUUCCAACGACAGCAAGAUUCUUCUCAGCUCCAGCCUGCUUUUGGAGUUCAUGUUGCCGGUGCUCCGCCGGUUCAGGCUGGACAGCAGCCUUACAAUGGCGCUUACCGCGGCAGAGGAGGCCGAGGUAGAAGCGGACGCGGUAGAGGGGGCCGUGGCAGAGGCCGGUCCCAAAAUCAAGGCUAUGGGCAGCCUCAUGGUCAACCAAAUGGUUUCGGCCAGCAGAUUACACACUUCCAGGGUCAACAACUGCAGCCUCAGUUCUUGGCCGCAGGGGGGGCAUCUCAUUCACGACCACAAAAUGCACCAUCUGGUAAAUCUGUUGUGUCCACUUUAAAUAUUAAUGCUAAAUCUACUAUUGGUACUUACUCUUAUUAUGCAGGUUUCCCAUCAUCUGAGGGUAUUCUUGGUUCAGUACCUUCCCCAGUUGUGUGUCAGAUUUGUUUCUCUGCAGGUCAUUCUGCCUUGCACUGUCCGUCUCGCUUUUCUCAAUCCUCUGCACCUGCGUUGGUUGCUCCCAGUGGCGAAUCUAACAAUGCUUUGUGGUACCCCGACUCUGGAGCUUCUGCUCAUAUGACAUCGUCUGAAGGACAAAAUUUCGAGGGCAGUUCUACUUCAGGCGCGUCAUAAUGAUCAUCUCUACCCUGUCAGUCUCAGUCCUCCUGCAUCUCUAGCUUUAGUUUCUACUAUUACUUCUGGCCCUGUGUGGCACCGUAGAUUAGGACAUUGUGGCGAAACUAUUUUACGCCAGUUGCGUAGUAGCAAACUUAUUUCUAGUUCCUCAAAUUUUGAACAUGAUUGUGUUUCUUGUCGUUUGGGAAAAUCUCAACGAUUACCUUUUUC